AUGGCCUCUUCACAGCUCGUUAGAGAUGAUAUUGUUCAGACCAUUGUCGCCCACCACCACGGACUGCCUCUGUUGCCACAACCAAGUAACGACGAUAGAGAUCCGUUGCGAUGGCCACGCAAGUUGAAACUAGCGGCAUUUGCUGCUACAGCUUUCUUCAACUUUACGGGAAACUUCGCAAGCUCUGGCCUUUCUGUCGCUAUACCAGUACUUCAGGCACAAUUUCAAAAGUCGCCUAAUCAGAUCAAUAGCCUUCUUACUUAUAAUUUCCUCCUUCUGGGUAUUGGUAACCUUGUCUGGGUGCCGCUAGGUGUCAAGUAUGGUAAACGGGCUUCACUACUCCUCGCGAUGCUGAUGCUCUUUGUUGUUCUCAUUACAACAGCCAAGAUGACAACUUACACCGGACUGUUGGCUGCAAGAUGUUUGUCUGGCUUCGCCGCCGCCGCCGGUGAGAGUAUCGUCCCUGGCAUAGUCUCGGAUAUAUUUUUUCUUCAUGAACGCGCUGCCAUGAUGUCUGGGUACACGAUUCUCGUGUCAAUAGCGACAGCUGUAGGUCCGCUGGUUGCUGCAUUCAUUGUGCAGUAUAGCCCUGGCAGUUGGGUUGACUACGUGUGGGUUUGUGCAGCCUUGGCCGGGGCGAAUUUGGUGGCCAUUUACCUUCUCUAUCCUGAAUCCAACUUCAUCAGACCAGAGACGCCUUUUCAUACUGUUCAUCCCAAUUCCCAUCAUAGAGGAGAUCCGGAAGCAGAAAAGGCAACUACCGUCAGAAUGGAAACCGUCAAUCGACACUACAUCAACAUCGUCCCCAAGCCGUGGCUGAGCAUAUGGACCAGUAUCGUCACAAUCAAUCAUGACACAGGACUUUUCGCCGUAACCCUUCGUCCUUUGAUGAUGCUACUAAGCCCCAGCAUUCUGUUUUCCGUAUUUGUAUAUGGAACUUCUCUUGCGGCUCAGAUUAUUCUCAUUUUCGCUUUUCCAAGUUUCCUCCAAUCCCCACCGUACCUGUUCUCGCCCAUUGGAGUAGGUUUAAUGGAGAUCUCCGCAAUCAUCGGCUUCUUAAUGGGCUGCUUCAUGGGUGGAUAUGUUGCUGACCUGAUCACCGCAGCUGUGAUUCGACGGCAAGAUGGAGCUGUGUAUUCAGAGCAGCGCCUUAUAUCCCUUAUGCCUGGUGGAUUCAUUGCACCAGCCGGAUGCAUUCUGAUAGCCUUUGCAUGCUCGGAAAAGCUGCACUGGGUUGCUAUUGCUUUCGGCUUCGGAAUGGUAUCGUUCGGGACCGUUUAUGCGCCAAACAUUGUGAUCACCUAUGUAGUAGAAAGUCACCACAAAUUUGCUACUGAAAGCCUGGUGACGAUUAAUAUUUUUAAGAACCUAGUUGCUUUCCUAUUUUUGUUUACCGCCACUGACUGGAUUGCUGCGCAGGGAUGGGUGCAGGUCUACAUGAUCAUGUUUAUGUUGGUUUCAGUUGGUACCCUUUUGGCAAUCCCGUUCUACCUCUUUGGUGCAAAAUGGAGAGGGGAGUAUAAGCACGGUGACAUCAACGGCUAG